UAUAUUAGCAGGAUUAGUACUUGCUAAUGUGUUUAACCUUGAACUAAGUAAAUUAACUAUUAUUAUCACAAUGAUUCACAUGAUAGUCAUAGCAAUUCCCUUGCUGAUAAUUAGUUAUAGUUCAGUUAGAAAAAUGGUCAUUGCAGUAUUAGCGAGAACUUUAUUUUCAACUCUUCCGAUAGUUUAUGCAUUUAUUAACAUAAAGGACAAUCUAACUUCAAAAAUUAUUAUGAUUGUCACAUAUUUUGUUGAAAAUGUGAUAGGACAAAGAGAAAGAGAAAAAGAAAAAGAAAAAGAGAGAAAGAAAAAGAGAGAGAAAAAGAGAGAAAAAAAAAGAGAAAAAAAGAGAGAGAAGAUAAACAAAGCAAGUGUUAAAUAUAUUUUAUAUCAUCAUACAACUGAACCUACUCAAGAUGAUUAUUUAGACAGUGGUGAUGGUAAAUUGAGCAAAUUAGAAGAAUGA